CUCCUUUCCCACGAUUACCAGUAACCCCUCAUUCCAGUCGCAUUCUCAGGACUCAUCCUAGGGCAUAACUGCUUAAUCUAGGUCACACAGGUUGGAUUAAUCAGAGGGCGGGGAAGGGGGGGGGUCAGCGUCGGUAGCCAAUCAGGGCUCGGCACAAGCCCAGCCAAUCAGCUCGGGUCAAUGGAGUUUAGCCAAUCAGGCUCCUCGAGGAAGGCCUGUGUCAGUACCUGCGCCUCUCGCUUACAGCUGUGGGAGGCGCUGCACCGGUUCAGGUGGGCCGGUCCGGACCAGGUCUGGGUCCUCGCUCGCUUCCUCUCGGCCAAUCUUCGGGUGUCCGGUCUCGGAGCUCAUGGGGAGGGAGUGGGGGUCCUCCAUGAGGACGGCCGAGCAGGUGGGCUGCGUGGUGAGCGCCUCCCGAGCCAACCAGCCUGAGGCGGGCUCAUGGAGCUGCAGCGGGGUGAUCCUCAGCCGCAGCCCGGGACUGGUACUGUGCCACGGAGGUAUCGUCGCCCCUUUCCUACGGGCCGGCAGCGGGGCCCUGACCGCGGCUGGCGCUGCAUUCCUGCCCGGCGACAGCUGCAGCGACGACUUACGCCUGCACGUGCAGUGGGCCCCAACGGCCGCUAGUCCCGCGGGCCGUUCGGAGCGGGCCCUCUCGGGGCUGUGCACGCCCCAUUGCGCUGGCCUCGAUCCGGGUCCGCUUGCCCGGUCGCGCGGGCGGCCCCUACAGCCUCCGCGCCCCGCCGAGCUGCUGCUGCUGCUGAGCUGCCCGGCUUUCCGGGCCCACUUCGCGAUCCUCUUCGGGGGCGAGACGGCCGAGCAGUGGCACUUCGCGAACGCAGCGCGUGACGACGAGGUGUCGGAGGACGAGGAGGAGGAUCAGCUGAGAGCCCUGGGCUGGUUCGCGCUGUUGCGCGUGCGGCCUGGCCAGGAAGCGGCGGGGGAGGAGCGCGGGCCGGCUGUGACCGUGGCGCCUCUCGGGGCUGUGCCCAAGGGCGCGCCGCUGCUGGCCUGCGGCUCCCCGUUCGGGGCCUUCUGCCCGGACAUCUUUCUCAACACGCUCAGCCGCGGCGUCCUCAGCAACUCGGCCGGCCCGCUGCUGCUCACUGACGCGCGCUGCCUGCCGGGCACCGAGGGCGGCGGCGUGUUCACUGCGCGGCCCGCGGGGGCACUGGUGGCGCUGGUGGCGGCUCCACUCUGCUGGAAGGCCCGCGAGUGGGUGGGUCUCACGCUGCUGUGCGCCGCCGCCCCGCUACUCCGCGCCGCCCGCGCGGCGCUCGGCAGUCUGUGCCCCAGCACCGCUUCUCUGGCCGCCCUUCUGCCACCCGAGGUGGGCACACCAUGGGGCCUGCCCCUCCUAGACCUCUGCCCCCCGUGGACAGCCGCGUCUGUGCUGGUGGAGUGUGGCACCGUAUGGGGCUCCGGAGUGGCCGUGGCUCCCCGCCUCGUGGUGACCUGCCGGCAUGUGGCUCCUCGAGAGGCAGCCAGGGUCCUUGUGCGCGUCGUCACCCCCAAGAGUGUAGCGAUCUGGGGACAGGUGGUAUUUGCCACCCAAGAGACUUCUCCUUAUGACAUAGCAGUAGUGAGUCUGGAGGAGGACCUGGAUGAUGUCCCCAUGCCUGUGCCUGCUGAGCACUUUCAUGAAGGCGAGGCUGUCAGCGUGGUGGGCUUCGGUGUCUUCGGUCAGGCUUGUGGGCCCUCAGUGACCUCGGGCAUCCUGUCUGCUGUGGUGCAGGUGGAUGACACACCAGUAAUGCUGCAGACCACAUGUGCUGUGCAUGGCGGCUCCAGCGGGGGACCUCUCUUCUCCACCUAUUCGGGAGUCCUUCUAGGCAUUGUCGCCAGCAACACCCGGGACAAUAAUACAGGGGCCACCUACCCCCACCUGAACUUCAGCAUUCCCAUCACAGUGCUCCAGCCAGCCCUACAGCAGUACAGUGAGACUGGUGACCUGGGUGGCUUCCGACAGUUGGAUCACACCGCUGAGCCGGUCAGGGUGGUGUGGCGGCUGCAGCGACCCCUGGCAGAGGCCCCACGGAGCAAGCUCUGAGGGUGUGGCACCCCUCUGGAAAGAAGAGUGACCUUAAUGCUGGAGGAAGUGAUACCAAGGUGAUGGUAACCUGAGGCUCCAAGACCCAGCUCCUGACGGGGCACGCCCCAGCUAGGCUGCCUCCCCAUCUCCACCUACUGGCUGUAUUCUGGGUUCUGCGCCCUGCAACAACUUCUUUAAAGCCCCACAGAUCCUUAACCUUGUAGCUGCUUUGGGGGAUUUUCUUGAGCCCCCACCUGUCUUUGUCCCUGCCACUAGACUCAGCUGUGUUGUUUUCCCUUUUGGGGAGUCCAGGCCAACUGCACAAAGGCUCUGAGCCUGUCAGGUAGAUGAUGGGCAGAAGGCUGGCCUGGGCCUGGGUUUUCACCUGUUUUCCUCCAGUAGCCACUGGCCCCCUGGAGCAGCUGCUGCACUGGGGCCUUGGCUCCUAUCUGCCUCUCAGGGCUGACAGAAGACUCAGAGUGUGUCAGCAGAGAGGCCCUGCCCUGAAGGCCAGAGAUGACAGGGCAGAAACAGGAGUGUCCCCGUGCUGUGCCAGGCCUACUGACGGCCAGGUCCCUGAAAGUCCAUGCUCCUGGGUCUCUGUAACCAGCAGGUGUGCUCUGACACAGUGCCUUCAUCUUUCAGUCCACAGUCUGGUCCUCAGGGAUCUUCGGUGGGGGGAUGGGAGCGGUAGAACAUAUCUGGUUGGGGCUUGGGAAUAAAUAUAAUCUACUGGAGAGCCUCUGUACUUGUCUAUUGAUUAGAUUCUUUUUUCCCCCCUUUUUUCAAGAGUUGAAUCUGGAAUAGACAAGCACCAGGCAAAGAAAUAUACCUUUCUGUGCUGCUUUCUUUGAGCUAAUGGGAUUGCCAGACUGGUCCUUAUAGCUAGUCAUGGUGCUAGUCAGUGCUGGCUGGAGCUUGCAGGUCUCAGAUGGUGGUCAUUGUGGCCUAGUGGUAGGUGUUUACAGAAUGCCAGGGGGUAAAGUUGGGGAGUUUAAAGGUGAAUGAAGCAAGGGCAACCUUCAGGAACUGAGACCAGCUCUUUAGAUCAGGAACAUGCAGUGUGCCCAGGGCCCUGUUUAUGUCAAGAAAUGAUUUUCAUCGGCAGGCUGGAAGCCAUUUGAGGAAUAGCUGGGGAUUGAUUCUAAGUGGUACUUUCUUUUCAUGUAUCUUCUAUUUGUUGGUUGCCAACUGGGCAUCCACAGAAUGCUUCUGUGAUGGUGGUUCUUCCCUUUAGAGAUUAGGAAUUGGUUUAGAAGACAAAGUUAGCUUGAAAGAAGUCCUACAGUAAAUUAAUGGUAGCAGGGAGCUGAUGUGAGGCUGA